AGUACACGAGCGAUAACAGCACCACGGCUCGUAGAGGAAAAAAAGGGAGAGAGAGCGAGAAGAGAGCACAGAGGAGCUGGAGGAGCUGCUGUGGGAGGAGGGCAGACGUGACGGGAGCACCCAAAACAGAAGCUGCCGGGAGUACGACACGGACAGAGGGACGGCAAAGACCGGAUCUUAUCUGCGGCACAUUUUGGAGAUUUGAGCAGCCGGAUACGCGCUCUGUUAACGACGGCGGCUUUUUCCCUGCGGUAAAAAAAAAAAAAAAAAAAAUCAGCACGGGUGUUUUUGGUGAGGAGGUCUGCUCUUCCUCUUCAGAAAGGACGGUCUGUGGCGGAGGGCUGUGCUCAGACUGAAGGCACGGUGGAGGAGUUGGGAUGUCCUGAGUCAGUCCCUUGGUCCCUGAGAGCAGCUUGCUGAUGGGACCUGCUGCGCCGCCAUGAGCCUACAAGAUGGCGGCUGCAGCUACACCAGCAGCGCCAACAUGGCCACCAUUAGUGGCAGCAUGCGGCGGCGCCUGGAGGACCAGGAGUUCACCUUGCGCGUCUAUCCGGGCUCCCUGGCUGAGGGCACCAUCUACUGCCCCGUCACCGCCCGCAAGAACACCACUGCUGCUGAAGCCAUCGAGUGCCUCAUCGAACGGUUACACCUGGACCGUACCAAAUGCUACGUGUUGGCCGAGGUGAAGGAGUUCGGUGGGGAAGAGUGGAUUCUCAAUCCCGGCGACUGCCCAGUUCAGCGGAUGAUGCUGUGGCCAAGAACCGCCCUGGAAAACCGUAGUGGCUUGUGCAGUGGCGAGGAUUACCGCUUCCUCCUGCGGGAGAAGAACCUGGAUGGAUCUAUUCAUUAUGGCGGCAGCCUGCAAAUGUGGCUGCGGGUGACUGAGGAACGAAGGCGCAUGGUCGAACGGGGUUUCCUCCCCCAGCCUGCAGGGAGCGACCCACCUUGUGACCUGUGCGCUCUCCCGGAGCUAACGGAGCGCGCCCUUUUGGAGAGCCUCCGUGCACGCUUCCGCCAGGAGAAGAUCUACACUUAUGUUGGAAGUAUUCUUAUCGUGAUUAACCCCUUCCAGUUCCUGCCAAUCUAUAAUCCCAAAUAUGUCAAAAUGUACGACAACCACACGCUGGGGAAGCUGGAGCCCCAUAUUUAUGCUGUGGCAGAUGUGGCGUAUCAUGCCAUGUUGCAGCGACGGAAGAACCAGUGCAUAGUGAUUUCUGGUGAAAGUGGAUCUGGGAAGACUCAAAGCACCAACUUCCUCAUCCAUCACCUGACAGCUCUCAGCCAGAAGGGCUUUGCCAGCGGCGUGGAGCAGAUCAUCCUGGGAGCGGGGCCUGUGUUAGAGGCCUUUGGGAACGCUAAGACGGCUCAUAACAACAACUCCAGCCGCUUCGGGAAGUUCAUCCAGGUCAACUAUCAGGAGAGUGGCACAGUCAGGGGCGCAUACGUAGAGAAGUACCUGCUGGAGAAAUCACGUCUGGUGUACCAGGAGCAUAAUGAGAGGAACUACCAUGUGUUUUACUACCUGUUGGCCGGAGCCAGUGAAGAGGAGAGGAAGGCCUUCCACCUGCUCAAACCUGAGGAAUAUCACUACCUCAACCAGAUGACAAAGAAAUCGCACAAACUCUACUGGGACAAUUACUAUGAGAGUGAGCUGCAGGACUGCUUCACAGUGGAAGGAGAAGAUCUAAAACACGACUUUGAGCGGCUGCAGCUGGCUAUGGAGAUGGUUGGCUUCCUGCCCACAACACGCAAACAGAUUUUCUCCCUGCUGUCAGCCAUCCUCCACCUUGGAAACAUCCGCUACAAGAAGAAGACCUACAGGGAUGAUUCCAUCGACAUCUGCAACCCAGAGGUCCUGCCCAUCGUCUCAGAGCUGCUAGAGGUGAAGGAGGAGAUGCUUCUUGAAGCACUGACAACCAGGAAGACGGUGACUGUUGGAGAAAGGCUCAUAGUGCCCUACAAGCUUGCAGAGGCGGGCACAGUGAGGGACUCCAUGGCCAAGUCACUGUACAGCGCGCUGUUUGACUGGAUUGUGUUCAGGACCAACCAUGCCCUGCUGAACAACAAGGACCUGGAGGACAGUUCAAAGAUCCUGUCUAUAGGAGUGCUGGACAUCUUUGGCUUUGAGGAUUAUGAGAACAACAGUUUUGAACAGUUCUGUAUCAACUUCGCCAACGAACGGCUUCAGCACUAUUUCAACCAACACAUCUUCAAACUGGAGCAGGAAGAGUACAGGGCAGAGGGCAUCACCUGGCACAACAUCGACUACAUCGACAACAGCGGGUGCAUCAACCUAAUCAGCAAGAAACCCACAGCUCUGUUCCACCUGUUGGACGAGGAGUGCAAUUUCCCUCAAGCUUCCAAUCAGACCUUGCUGGACAAGUUCAAGCGUCAGCAUGAAGGAAACAGCUACAUCGAGUUCCCCGCUGUCAUGGAGCCUGCCUUCAUCAUCAGACACUACGCUGGGAAAGUCAAGUACGGAGUCAAGGACUUCAGGGAGAAGAACACUGACCACAUGCGUCCCGACAUUGUGGCCUUGCUCAAGAGCAGCAAGAACGCCUUCAUCUGUGGCCUGAUGGGAAUCGACCCCGUGGCGACCUUUCGCUGGGCUGUGCUCCGCGCUUACUUCAGAGCUCAUGUGGCGUUCAGGGAAGCUGGACGCAGACACACCCACAAAAAAACAGGGAAUGAUGCAGCAGUUCCCUGUGCUGUUGUUAAAACUGUUGACAGCUUCAGUUUUCUUCACCACCCUGUUCACCAGCGGAGCCUCGAGAUCCUUCAAAGAUGCAAAGAUGAGAAAUACAGUAUAACCAGGAAGAAUCCCCGCACCCCCUUGUCAGAUCUUCAAGGCACCAACGCCCUCAAUGAGAAGGCCAGCUGGGAUGGCUACAGCGUUGGAUGUAAUGGUCGCACCUCCAGGUCGGGUCGCCUCUCUUCAAUGGGAAGCCCCGCGCUGGAAGAAGAUGGGAUUUUCCUCAACUCAAACAACAGCAAGCUCCUAGAGAGAGCUCAGGGAAUUCUAAUGAGAAACAAAAACUGCAAAACUAAACCAACUCUUCCCAAGCACUUGCUGGACAUUAAGUCUCUGCGCUACCUGAGCAGCGUGACGCUCCACGACCGCAUUACCAAGUCUCUGCUUCAUCUGCACAAGAAGAAGAAGCCUCCCAGCAUCAGCGCUCAGUUCCAGGCGUCGCUCAAUAAACUGAUGGAGACUCUGGAUCAGUCGGAGCCGUACUUUGUCAAGUGCAUUCGCUCCAACGCUGAGAAGCUGCCGCUGCGCUUCAACGACAGUCUGGUGCUCAGACAGCUGAGGUACACAGGUAUGCUGGAAACCGUCCGGAUCAGACAAUCGGGAUACAGCAGCAAGUACACCUUUCAGGACUUUGUGCAUCACUUCCAUGUGCUGCUGCCUCGGGGCACCAGCCCCACAAAGUCGGGUGUCAGGGAGUUCUUCAGACGGAUCCACCUGCCCCCUGCUGGGUACCAAGUGGGCAGCACCAUGGUGUUCCUGCGCGAGGCCGAGCGCCAGCGUCUUCAGACCCUCCUGCACCAGGAGGUCCUGCGGAGAAUCGUCAUGCUGCAGCGCCGCUUCAGGGCAGUUCUGGAGAGGAAGCACUUUGUCAACAUGAGACGAGCUGCGUGCACCAUUCAGCAAUGGUGGCGUUUCUGUCUCUUCAGGCAGUCCACCAUUGACCUGCGCAUUGAGGAGGGAGCGGCGGUGUGUCUGCAGGCGGCUUGGAGGGGUUACAGAGAGAGGAGGAAGUUCCUGUACUGGCGGGAUUCAGCGAUCGUCAUACAGAGGAGCUGGAAAAACUGCUGCCAUCGGAGGGCUCUGGCAGCUACUACAAUUCAGACAGCCUGGAAAGGAUCCAGGGAGAGGAGGCGUUACCACAGAACGCACGCAGCGGUGAUACAGUUACAGGCGAGGAGCAGAGGAUACCUCGCUCGACUCAGGUUUAGAGACUUCAAGGAGCAGCACGAGAGACUUGGUGAACAAACAAGUCUGUCAGCAACGAUGGAAGCAGAAAGAAGAGAGCCUGCCUCGUCCGGACUGGAGAGUUAUGGCCAGGACAUCUCUGCAGAGCUCUCCGAAGACUCUAAGUCUGUUUCAGAGAUGGAAAAAGAAGACGACUUGGAGCGAAGCAGGAGCACAGACGAGAGCAGCCAUAAGAACCGGUCGAAACGAGAGAGCAGACGAAUGAGAGAGCUGGAGCAGGCGCAGUUCAGCUUGGAGCUUCUCAAAGUCCGAAGUACCAGCGUCGGGGGUUCGCUGCCAGAAGACCUGGUCCCAAACAGCAGCAGCAGCUCUCAACAGGAUGAGCCUCACAGACAUUCACCCCAAGGGUCCCCGGCUAGUCAUGGAAGUUUUGAAGUUCUCAGUGUGGAAGACAUGGAAACUGAAGGCUCUGGAGGAUAUAGUUCUCAGCUCAGUGUACUUCAGGAACAGCCCCAGACGCUGGAUAUUCAACUUCAGCAGGGGCUGAGAGAUUCCAACUAUAAUGAAAAGCCUGUGACUGAGUUGCCAAACAAAGUUGAGGCCCCGAGGGCAACUUUUUAUAUUGCUUCUGACCAAAGUCCAGCUCAUGAACCAAAAUCUGAAAGCCCCAGCAAAUCUUACAGAGAAAGAAGGGAGUCCACGUCUCGAAGGCCUGUAGUGGUGUUGAUCAGUAUGCAGAAAGAGAGUCCUUUGGAAGAGGGAGAGCUGCUGGCAGCCCAAACUCUAGAAAGAGCUUCUCAAACAGGAGCACCCGAUGCCCAAAUGACCCCUAUUGCAGGCCUUGAGAUAGCAUCAGACAGGGAGCAGCCUCACGGCGUUUCCACCCAAGCCAAGAGAGAUGUAUUUGGGGUCGAUAAGUCUUCAAAGGCUCCCUUCACUCGUGGAGAGAGUCAGGAAGGUCCGGGGAUUUGUUCCGCAGAGAUGGACAUCAAAAUAGCCCUGAAGCCCACAUCCAGCGUUCCUGCCGUACUCCCCACUCAGCAGGAGAGGAAGAUGACCAGGUCAGCAAAGGAAGCCCCCAGCCCGGUCCUGGACACCAAACCUCCAAAGGCCCAGAAGAAGAGCUCCGCCCAGACUGUGAUUGUGAACAUGGUGGAGAAACCCUCUAGUACUGUGUUCUCCCCACCCAGGCGCAAGCUGCCGUUCUCCAAGUCCGAUAAGGAUUUGGUGAACCAGGAACGAUCUCUCGCCAUGUUCAGAGAUGAUUCCAAGUCUGCUGGAUCCAGAAGCAGAGAGGUGGGCCGCCCCGGCCCCAAAAAGAAAGCCCGAAUGUCCCGGACGCGCUCCGACUUCCUGACUCGCUGUAACUCAGAGGGGGCGACCCAGUCGGAUGACGACGAUGAAUACUACAUCCCCGCCCACUCCUGCACGCUGCCCCCCUCCCUGUCUCCCCCACACUCCCACCCCGACGCUGACUGUCACAGUGACUCCGAGAUGUCGUCUCACAAAGACCAGAAGAAAAUCCAUAAGACCAUGUCAUCAGGGGACUUGGGCAAGAUGGAGAUCCUCAGGAAAACCUCCAGUCAAGAUGGAAGCAGGAUGAGAGGGAGGAUGCGAUUCUGGAGUAAAACGAAACACAGUGAGAAAAAACUGUCAAGGGAGAAGCAGGCCAGCAUGAGUGAAGUUGGAGAAACACAUGCAGAAGUCCCGUCUCCUCCUCACAGUCCAGAUUUGGAGGCGGCUUCAUCUCGGGGGGUCAGGGACAGUAAGGAGAACAAGGAGCCGUCUCCCAAAAUGAAGAGACGUCGCAGCGUGAAGAUCAGCAGCAUCGCUCUGGAACCCGCCCAGUGGCAGAAUGAUGCGCUGCACAUCCUCACCUCGGCCCACGACUAUCGCAGCAUGAACGACUUCCUCAUGAAGAAGAUUGCCGAUCUUGAUUCUGAAGAUGGUAAAAAGGACACCAUGGUGGAUGUUGUUUUUAAGAAAGCGCUGAAGGAAUUCAGGAUCAACAUCUUCAACUCGUACUCCACUGCCCUCGCUAUGGAUGAUGGUAAAAGCAUCCGUUACAAGGAUCUGUACGCAUUGUUUGAACACAUCCUGGAGAAGACGAUGCGUAUGGAGCAGAGAGACUGGAGCGAGUCACCCGUGAAGGUGUGGGUGAACACAUUCAAGGUGUUCCUGGAUGAAUUCAUGACGGAGUAUAAGCCCAUGGAAGGAACCAUCGGCAGGGCUCCAAAACGAGAACGCAAGAAGUCAAGGAAGAAGGAAACUGAUAUUGUGGAGGAACACAACGGCCACAUUUUCAAGUCCACUCAGUACAGCAUCCCCACCUACUGCGAGUACUGCUCCUCCCUCAUAUGGAUGAUGGAUCGAGCCUGUGUCUGCAAACUGUGUCGCUACGCCUGCCACAGGAAGUGCUGUUCCAAAAUGACCACGAAGUGCAGCAAGAAGUACGACCCGGAGCUGUCGUCACGGCAGUUCGGCGUGGAGUUGUCGCGUCUGACCAGCGAGGAGCGCACCGUACCCCAGCUGGUGGAGAAGCUCAUCAACUACAUCGAGAUGCACGGCCUCUACACAGAGGGCAUCUACAGGAAGUCGGGCUCCACCAAUAAGAUCAAAGAACUCCGACAGGGGCUGGACACGGAUGUCAGCAGCGUGAAUCUGGAUGACUACAAUAUCCACGUCAUUGCCAGUGUGCUCAAACAGUGGCUCCGUGACCUGCCAAGCCCUCUCAUGACCUUUGAACUCUACGAGGAGUUCCUGAGAGCCAUGGGUCAGCCAGACAAGCGGGAGGUGAUCCACGGAGUGUAUUCGGUGAUCGACCAGCUCAGCAGGACACACCUCAGCACACUGGAGCGCCUCAUCUUCCAUCUGGUCAGGAUUGCCCUGCAGGAGGAGACAAACAGGAUGUCAGCCAACGCCCUCGCCAUCGUGUUUGCUCCCUGCAUCCUUCGCUGCCCCGACAGCAUUGACCCACUGCAGAGCGUCCAAGACAUCAGCAAGACCACAGCGUGUGUGGAGCUGAUCAUCAAUGAGCAGAUGAGCAAGUACAAGGCUCGUCUGAAGGACAUCAGCAGUCUGGAGUUUGCAGAGAACAAAGCCAAGAGCAGGCUGACCCACAUCAGGAGGUCCAUGAGCAAAAGCCGCGUUUGGCAAAGCAGCACCCACACGACCUCACCUCCUCUCAGCCCUAGAGCGCCCUCUGGGGUUGAUGGAGAAACUGCCGUAGGAGGAGGAGGAGUAGAGGAUGCAGCAGAGACCGUGCUCAAUGACCAGCAGCAGCUGGCGAUGCAGCAGGAGGAGCGAAUCCUUGCAGAGCAGAUUGAGAGUCUGCAGAAAGAAAAGGAGGAGCUGACCUAUGAAAUGUUGAUCCUGGAGCCGCGGGCAUCUGAUGAUGAAACUCCUGAAUCUGAAGCCUCCAUCGGCACUGCAGACAGCUCAGAGAAUAUCACCAUGGAUACGGAGGGAGCCACCUCUGACCCCUCUGAUCGCGGCACAUUCCGAUCCAGAAAGUCCGAGGCGAAGAGCAGGCGAGCUCUGCGACGCCAGCCUGACUCCCAGGAUUCAGCAGACUCCACCUCCACCGUCUCCUCCUAUCACCCUUCCUCCUCGCUCUCCUCCAACGCCUCUGGUUCUCCUUCCCCUCACUACAGGUUCCGUUCCGCCUCCUCCGGGCCCUUACUCACCUCCUGCAGCCUGGGGACCCCACUGGCCGAGGCAGAGGGGGGCCAAAGUACCGGGAAAACGCGCCACAGGCUCAGGCUGAGCCGCAGCUCGCCACGUGAGCCCUCGGGAAGCCAUCGGAGGGAGUCAGACUUCGGCUCGGGGCCGCAGCAGCUGGUUCUGUACGGCAACAACGAGUUCAUGGUUUGACCCUGAAGCCAACCAUUCGCGGGAGGCUGAGUGAGAAGAGGAGGAAGAUGAGUUUAGGGCAGAAUGAGGCUGGUCAUGGGGCAAGGUUUACGCCAAGAGUCGCCUGUUGCCCCUCCUUGGUGCCCAGCCUUACCUCCUCCCUUGGUCCAGUCAAAGCAGGAAGGAGAUUCUGACAGAGAGGGACAAAGACAGCAGCUGGUCACUGAAGGAUGACUGACGACUAAUGUGAAAUCUGGAGAGAAGCAAAAAGACAAGUUGAACUGUGUUCGCUGAUCCUCUGAUCUGAACCGUUUGACCCCUGCUGGAGCCCCAGGGGUCAGUCAGAGGAGAGGGAGGGGUGGGGGAAGAGGAAGGGAAGGACGGGUGGCGAGACACAGGACACCACACCCACACCUGCAAAGCCAAACCUUUCAGAGCCUCGUCUUUAUUUUUUAGCAUGCGGGCAGAUGGUGAAAGCCCCCCAAAAGAAAUGUAGCCAUACUGACCGAACUGGCGGACAACCAACUUGUCUGUAACCAGCACCAAGCUAAGUCUGCUUUUCUCGUUUACACAGGACACACCAGCCAAGAGGCUGCAUGCUUCUCCAUCACACUUUUUCUACAUCAGUUUGAAGAAACUGUCUGUUACAGCUGUAUGUUAAUUAUUAUUAUUAUUAAUAUUAUUAUUGUUAUUAAAGAGGUGGAAAAAAGUGUACAUAAAGAGACAGUCCAGUGCUGCUGCUGGGUUGCUGGGUUGCUCAUCGGUGAUCAGUCUCUACGGCCUGUUUUGCAAAUAUAAGUAUCUGAAAUUCAGGUUCCACUUUUGUUUCUGUGUCGGUUCUCCUCUGUUUACUGCUGGCUUCUCUCUUUUUUAAUAUUACACAAUGAACAGAGAGCACUUUGGUUGCACUCUUGAGUCAUAAAAGAAUUUGAAAAAAAAAUGAAAGAAAAAAAGCCACCAACCUGCGGUUGCAGCGCAGAGCGUCGGGUGUCACGCGAACUUGACCUGCAGUAUCAAAUGUCAGUCAGCCAUAUGUGUUUUGUUCUGUCUUUCUUUGCCCGCAGCCUUUUAUUACCCCCCACCCCCCCAUUUCAGAAACAUCAGUGUUACUGCGUCAGAACUUGAAUUUUUUUCUCUUUUAAUAUAUAUUAUUGCUGUAUUAUAGUGUACAUGUUGGUAUUGCUGUCAAUAGUUUUUGUUCAGAUGAAAGCCAUCGUUUUGUUUUUUCUUUCCGAUCUUUAUUAUUUGUUGGAGUGAGUGAACGGGUGAAUGAUCCCUUCCAUUUUUAUCAGCUCCCACUUUGUGCAUGUUUAGCCUCUCCCCCGUAAAUAUUCUUAAUGGAAGGAUUGGAAAAAAAAAAGAAGCUCUACAUCCAUCGUGUGACACUAAAACUAACUGAUGUGAGAUUAAAGGGUUUAGUCUGAGCUUUACUGCACCUGUGGGGAAACACUUGCACUCAUCCAUGCACUCAAACCGUCCACGAUGUCCUCUGAGCCAUGCCUGUUCUUCUUCUUCUUCACCAGUACAGUAGCUCCUCUUCUCUCCCGGCUCUGGCUGUGAUAAGUAGCAUUUAAUCUGCCUGUUAACCUGUCAACAAAAAAACAAGUAGCAACUAACUCAAACCGUCCGUGUGUUUCUGCAUAUUCUUCCGCUCUUUCCUGUCUCUGUCCAUAAAGUAUCCAAACAGUAUCCGUGUGAUGUUGAGAUUCUUCUCAGUAGCUAAACAGCUUUAUCACGUCUCCGUGAUAAAGCUGCGAUCUCUCUUUGCUUGCCGCGUCUCUGGAGGAAUUUUAAAAGCUGGAAGUCUCAGUGAUGAUUUAGUGUUUGUUUUUUGGUUUUUUUAGUAUCACUUUGAACCAUUUAGACAAGAAAAAAACUGUUUUCGGAGUUGAGCUGAAAGGGCACGGCUGAUUCUGGUCAAAUGUCUUUUAGCUGAUAUUUGAUGGGAUGAUGUUUGUUGUGUAUGUCUAAGCUGUCCAUGUGGAAAAAAAAGAAGAAAAAAAAGGAAAAAGUGAAUGUACCUGUCACUGGAAGGCAUGCUCUGCUUUCUUUGGUUGUUUUUUGGUUUGUUCUUUGGUUUUGUUCCUCUUUUAUACACAGUGUAUGUACUAUUUAUGAUCAUGCUUUUGGGAUGUACAUUGAUUUAAAAAGAAUCUGUUAUAAAAAGGUGUUAUAAAAGGAUAUAUUAUCCUGUGUACGGUUCAUUAUCUACUAUUACUCAUGGCGACAUUUUAACAGGCCGUACUUGGUCACUCAUUUUUUGUGCUAUAAAGCAAAAAGCAAAAAAACAAAACAAAAAAAAAGCCUUGUGUCUGUCUGCGCCACUCUGGACACAGUUAUCACAGUAUGUAUGUAUAAGGUGCGAUUUGUGUUACAUUUCCUCUUUUUUUUAAUGAUAAAAACAUGUCUAUGGUUGUAAGAAGAAAAAAAAAGACUUUAUGAGGGAAAAUCCAUCUGCUUAUUAAAAAAGCAAAAUUGCAGCCAAG